AUGACUGCCGCCAUAGUGGUUCCGGCUGUUGCAGCUGAUGCAGCUGAUGCACUUGUGGAACAUGAUGUAGCCAAGUACAUGCAACCUGAAGCAGCUCGAUUCUUACCGGAGCGACCAUCCUAUCUGAUGACAAGGUGCUACUUUGGCCUCAGCCCCCUGUUGUGGUCGCUGGCCACUGCUGUGGCCAUGGGGGUCACGGUGCUAUGGAACCAUCGCAACAGGGUCAAGUUGAUGAUGUUCGCAGUGACCUUUGUUGAGCUCUGGGAUUACUGGAUCCAUCUCUUUGCGGCGAAGAAGUUCCGCACCCAACAGCCAUUGUGGUUGGAGCUGGGGCCGCGCCGCGAUCGAAGUGAACAGGUGCCGCUAGACCUCCAGACCAUUCGCAAGUGGCUGCUGGUGGGCACCCUGCUGAUGAUCGUGAACCUGCUGCUGCCGGCAUUGUAUAGCUACAUGCAGGACAAGUAUGACACUGAGAUCAUCAUUUUGCUGGGCACAGCAGCCGUGAAGCUCAUAGCGUUACUGGCAAUCGUCAUGCCCCACAUUGCAACCACUCUGAUGAUGGAACUCGAUGUGCAUCACCUGGAGCGAGACUUGGAGGAGCUGAGGACCCAGGAUGAUGACCUGAGGCGUCAGGAUAGGGAGCUGAAGAACCAGGAGGAGGAGCUGAGGCGCCAGGAGGAGGUCAGGUACCAGAGAUUAGAGAUGCAGGAGCGUGUCGCUGAGCGGGCCCAGCAUCUUGCCCAGCUUCGGGCCCACCACGAGCAAAAGUGCCGGGAGCUGGUGAACAGGGUCAAGGACUUCAUCCAGCUGGUGAAGAGGGCCAAGGUGAAGUGGAAGACUUUCUUGCGGAUCCAUUUUGGGUUGGAGAUUCUUCCACCUUUGGCCUACAUUCUGAUGGUGAUCUUUGUGAUUUUUGGUGUGAAACCGCACCCUGAGGUAUUGAUGGUAGUGUCUGCAGCACCCUUAUCCAUGGCAUACCUCUGGUUGCAGGUGCUGCCUUUGGCAAGCUUCAACCAGAAGGUUGAAAAUUGGAAGCGGUUGACCGAAGACAACGACAUCUAUAGGAUCCUGGGGCAAAAGGAGAAGACCAUCAUGUUUACCGUCUUCCGGUACCGCAUCACUUGGAGGAAGGUCCGCCUGUCCAUCCUUUCACUGGCGGCGAGCAUGGUCAUCAAGCAGGGCAGGGGACUUAUCACUGCCUUCCUCAAUGCCCUGGAUGGAUCGAAGUUCAACGUGGAGACAGCCAUGGCGGACGCCUUGGCGGUUUUCCUGGAUGCGGCCGAAGGGGCUGCGCUGAGUGAUGACGCCCUGGCCGCGCUGACGGAGAUGGAACAUGAUGUGGCAACUGGAAAGGAGAACCAGUUUGGUCACUUGCCGACCCGCGGCUGCAAAGUGCAACGCAACAAAGCCGCGACCCUGGAGGUGAUUUUCGAAGGAGGUGGCAGCCCACCACACGUGGGCACGGUGCUGCACAUGACCGGCCUGCAGGAAUUUCAGCCCAGCGAUGCCAAGGGCCUCCGGGCCGGCGUGGUCCUGCCCAGUGGGGAGGUGCUGGCACUGCGGAUCGGGGAGCCGACCAGCUUUCUAUUGGAAGAUUUUGGGAUGCACGAACUCCGGGUCGCCACCGGUGAUGGAGAUCAAAUGGUGGAGCGCUGUUGGUUCAUGGUGAGUUCUCCGCUCGGAGAGUAUGGAGAAGCACUGGACCUCUUUAAUGAUGCGUAUGACUGGGUUUGGGAUGGAUCUUGGACCAACGAGUUGGAAGAAGCGGUGCUGAAUUUGUUGGUCGCCCUGGAUGACGCCUUUGCCACAGAUGGAGGUGCUUCGAUCUCCGACAUGUUGAAGUCCAGCCUGUCGUCGCCGAAGCAACGCAUCCAGAAACACCUCUCCAAGGCCAUCGAGUCUCAGAUCAUCUUGGACCUUGGAUCUAUACCCAUGUUGAAAGACUUUGCACCACAGCUUGAGCCAACAUGUCGUGGAAUGACUGGACGGUGCGGCAGCCGUAUCGGUGCUCAAGCAGCGGCCCUGGUGGCUCCGCCAUGGCCAGCGAUGCGUGAUGAUUACUACGAGCUCUUGGGCAUACGGAGCACUGCAACUGCCAAGGAGAUUGGAAGGGCCUUCCGCAAAGCCUCCUUGAAACUUCAUCCCGACAAAUUGCUGUCCUGCGGCCUGGAAGAAAGCUCCGCCGCGGAGGAAGCCUUUGCCGCCCUGCGCGAGGCCUACGACACCCUGUCGGAUCCCGUGGCGCGAGAUCGAUAUGACAAACGAGCCAAAUGGAUGUCCAGCCAUCCCGAUCAGAUCCGCUCGGCCCCCUGCGGCCUGCCCUUGCAACGGGCUGUAACGGCGGAUGUCUUGAUGAGACGAGAUGUGGCACGGCGCGAGGGCAGCUCUGCUCGUCGCCCUUCCACUGGCACAGGUGGCACCAGUUUGGGUGGCACCUUAGGGGCUUUCAGGAGACUUUCGCGAGUGCAAGAGCCCAAGGGGCCCAAGGGCACUCUGAAAGAAUUCUUAAGGACUGACUUUCCCUCCCCUGUGGUCUACUGUCCUGAACGGCCCGAACGGCCCGAACGGCCCGAACGUCAGUCUGGAUGUGGCCGCUCGGUGGUGGAAAUGAAUUGGACAUGUCUGAAUUCGGACACCGAGGAGGAGGAUCCGCUGUCGUUGGGACGGGCAGUUGGAAGUCUGCGAGCCAUGACGUUGGUGCAAAGUCUGUGCGACACCUUUGGAGCUGGGCAGGGCCUUGAGAGCAGCCCUUUCUAUCAAACCAUCAUUGCCUUCGAGACCGAGAGGUUCAAGGCCAGCAGCAGUGGCAAGCAGGAUGAGUUGCGCGGAGCCUUACGACGCAUGGUGCUGGCAGCGGAUGCACAUGUGGCGGAUCUCUACAGCUGUGGCAGGGGCCAGGACUUCAUCCGGCGCUGGAGUGGAGGUUUGCGCUCCGAGAUCUGGGAUAUGCUGGAGGGCUGUGCGCCUAUGCACCCCUUACCCUUCCAGAAGAUGCGAGGAGGUGGUAGUGGCUAUGUGGCCGACAUGUUGGCCAGCAUCAGUUCCUUCGGAGCCCAAGAUGCCGGUCGUGCGGAGACCACAGAGGCCAUGACGAGCCUGGCUCCAGAGGCACCCUUUGGUUCUGCCCUUUCCAAGAUGAAGCGCUGGUGUGAAAGCCUGGUUGAUGAGCAAAUCAGCAUCGGGCAUCCCAUGUCACCCUUCGAGUUGAAGGUCAGUGACAGGGUGGAUGGCGUGUUGGCCACCAUCCAUAGCACUUUGAGCCUGGGCUUGGGCUAUGUGUCAUCAACACCAGGAGAGCUCUUCGAAUCUGCCAGACUUAUGGCACUCCUGGAUCGUGUCCGUGCAACUCUGCCGUUGCAUGCCCAGCAGGACUUUUUGCGGGAGAGGAAGCGACGCGAUCGGUUGAAGGAUGUUUGUCGCGUCCUGCGGGCGGCCAAGAGGAAGGGCCAUCGCCUGUCCUUGUCGGUGAACACGGACUUCAAGAGAGCACUUCAAGCGCUAAGGGAACAUCAUGAGGACACCUGGGUCGGCCCUGCCCUGGAGUCUGUGUGGGACGUCAUGCUGCAGAGGAAGAGGGUCUUUGCCUUCGAACUGUGGCUGCAUGAGGCAGAUAAACCGAAGCAGCUGAUUGCGGCAGACUUUGGCCAUGCCCAUACCUUUGGCCGCGCCUACUAUGUGGCCACCCGCUUUUUUGAUCGAUCACAUCGGACCUUGAUGCCUGGUUUCGUUCUGGCCUAUGCGGAAGCAGAAUGCCUCCGCCGAGCUGGCUUCGAGCUGUGGGACUUGGGUGGAGCAGAUCGAUCGCCCAUGAUGCAGUACAAACCUCAAGUGGCGCUGGAGAUGCAUCGUAGCGAGUUCCUACUGCGUCUCUGGGAGAUUGCCCGGACGGAGUUUGCUGCAGCCCAAGAGGACAAGGGGCAGGACCUCAGUCUGGCUGAGAGCCUGAAGAAGCCCAUGACGGAUCUGGGCGCCGCUGCGCCCCCCAUGGGUGAACGUGUGCCUCAAGGGGUGGUGUUUGAGGAUAUCGAAGAACAUGACUUGUGGGGCGCAGUCGAGAUGAACCAACUCCUGGCGGAGCAAAAUGCCAAGGGCCAAAAGGCUGAUAACGUGGAGAAGGCCAAGAAGGGCCAAAAGUUGGACGCCAAGGCCAAGGCCCAAAAGUAUCAAAAGCCGACCCACGUCCAAGAUUCAGCCUACACUCCACCAAGCAGAUCCAGUGGAAACGAGAAGGAGAAGGAUGAGAAGGCAGACGCUAAGCAGCAGUUCUUGGCGGCCUACCAGAAGUUCAUCGCUGAGGGCCUUCCUGAAACCGAGGUGCCGGGCGCGUGCUGCGCUACGGUGGGUGCUCCAUGGGCCAUGUCUGAAACCAUGGCAGUCAUGGAAGAUGUUCCAAACAAGACCGAAAAGGGGUCGCUGGUUUGGUUCCCGGCGUCGAGGGCGACGUCCCUUGAGGGGGUCCUUUACCUAGCAAAGAUGGCAUCCCGCGUGGCGCAUGAGUCGGGAACCUCGAAGAUGACCAUAGAG